CUCACCGCAGUUGCAGUUCUGGUAAACAUGGCUCCCGAUAGAGGAGGAGAACGAUACUCGAAAUCCCGAGUGUGGGAGUCGUUGAGUCCACCACUCUCACCAUGGAUCCUUGACGCCGUCGCGUCCAUGGACUUUUCUCGCAUGACGCCCGUCCAAGCCUCCACGGUUCCUCUGUUCAUGGGCCACAAAGAUGUGGUGGUCGAAGCAGUCACAGGAAGUGGAAAGACGUUGGCUUUUCUUAUACCAGUGGUGGAAAAGUUGCUGCGGUUAGAAGAACCCGUCAAGAAACAUCACAUUGGAGCCAUCAUUAUUUCGCCCACGAGGGAAUUGGCGUCGCAGAUAUUCAAUGUCCUAGUCUCGUUGCUGGACUUUCAUCCUCCAUCUGCGGCAGCGCGCAGGGCUUUCGACGCACCGGAACGCUCGAGUCCCGAAGGUGAAGCAGAAGUUUUCCCAUCGUCCACCCUAAAGAUUGUUCCGCAAUUGCUUCUUGGGGGCUCGACCACGCCAGCGCAAGACUUGAGUACAUUUCUAAAAACAUCGCCCAAUGUGCUAAUAUCGACGCCCGGCCGACUCCUCGAAAUCCUCUCCUCCCCGUAUGUCCACUGCCCUCAGUCAUCCUUCGAAGUUCUGGUUCUCGACGAGGCGGACCGCCUACUGGAUCUUGGAUUCAAGGAUGAUCUUACCAAAAUCCUAAACCUUCUUCCGAAGCAGCGACGAACGGGACUAUUCAGUGCCAGUGUGAGCGAGGCUGUUGAUCAGAUCAUACGUGUCGGACUGCGGAAUCCAGUCAAAAUUGCGGUGAAGGUCAAAGGCGCGAACGGUGUCGAAGACAAGCGCACACCCGCCAGUCUCAGGAUGACCUACGCAGUAACUCCAGCUUCCUGCAAGUUCCCCGCGUUGGUGGCAUUACUCAAAGGUCUGGACACUUUGCCGCUGCGCACGAUCGUGUAUUUGUCUACCUGUGCAGCCGUGGACUACUUCCAAGCUCUGCUGCCAGCAAUACUCCCAUCUGAAGCGAUUCUCGUGCCUUUGCACGGCAAGCAUCCCGCCAGUGUCCGUCAGAAGAACUUCAUUCGGUUCACAAAUUCGGCGUCUCCAGCCAUUUUGCUGACAACAGAUGUGGCGGCACGAGGUCUGGACAUACCCUCCGUGGAUUUAGUCGUGCAGAUCGAUCCCCCUUCGGACCCCAAAGCCUUCCUCCAUCGGUGCGGAAGAGCUGGCCGAGCUGGGCGGAAAGGUUUGAGUGUGGUUUUCCUACUUCCAGGUCGGGAAGAAGAUUAUGUCUCAUUUCUGAAUGUCCGACAGACUCCAAUCGAGCCCUUGACUGAGCCGGACCUGUCAGUUACCCCGGAGGAAUGCCUCGGAACCCAAGAAGCCUUCCGAAAGGUCGUACUAAGGGACAGAGGACUGUAUGAGAAAGCUCAGAAAGCCUUCGUGAGUUGGGUUCGGAGUUAUUCCAAGCACCAAGCGUCCUCUAUCUUCCGACUAAGCGACAUUGACUGGAAGGAUCAUGCAUCCGCGUGGGCAUUGCUGAAGAUGCCAAAGAUGCCUGAACUCAAGAAUUGGGACCGGAAAAGCUAUCAGCCUCCCACCGUGGAUUGGGAGACUUAUGCGUACAAGGACAAACAGCGAGAAAAGCAACGGAAGCAGGCUCUCCACGAAGGUGCGAAAGAUGUGCGGUCCGAUACAAAGGUUGACAGCAAGAAACGAGGUACAACGGUGGCUUGGUCCGAGAAGGUCGAGCGCAAGGCGAACAAAGAAGUCAAACGAUCCAAGAAAGCUGCGAGACGAGAACAUGACAGAAUUGUUAAGAUGACCGAGGAUGAGAAGGAGCGUGAAGCAGAGACCGCCAUGAUGGUUGAGAAGAUCCGCCAGCAGCAGUCGAGGACGAAUGACAAGAACGACGUGUUCGAAGGGUUUGAUUGAGAUCCGUUCUGAAGACGGUCUCUCCUCCGACCCUUCCUUCCGGCGCUGACGGCCUCAGCUCCAGUAUAUCAACCGGUCCAACCAGGAAUAAUGGUACCACUCUCCAACGUCGAGCAAUGGAGCCGACCGUCGAUUUCUUGGUUGACAAACUGCCAACCAAUCCUCGGAUCGGGCACGCUACGCUGCCUGCUGCCGAUUUCGACACCAUUCAUCCCGCCGACUGCGUGAUGAGCCGAACAAAUCGCGCCCGUUACUUGGUUAGAAGAACGGCAUCCCAGGUCCAAGGCCACAAGGUGUCUCUUCCAUCUCUGCACCACACUAUCCGUACUUCUCGAGGACACGAUCCGCAGGAAUAGUUUCCAGAGUAGUCACGAAUUCCGCUCGCCCCCACCUGUCAUCCCGGAGCUGUGUACCCAUACUCAGCUCUUGAGAUAUAACGCUUUCAUUCCGCUUCAUACGGAUAUCACAGACGAUAAUACGACUGCCUCUGCUCGGUCAGUGUACGUAUUCGUCCUCGUAAUGCGAAUAAUACGCAGUAUAUGCCUGCCAGCGAGCGAGCUAGCAAGCAAGUCCAGCUUUGUCUACCUCCUCUUUCUCCACCACCAUAACCCCGAAACGAAGUGGUGCCCUCGAUGUUAUGAAGCUCUUGGCUUGGUGCAGUAAUUUGAGGCUUUCUGCAACGGCAAGGAGCGAAAUCAAACACCAGAGGAGGUCAAGGUCAUGGGAAGGGCGCGUCAUGCCUACGACAAGGUCGACAUCAACGACGCGAAGACUUGAGGUAGUUUAUCAACCGAAUGGUGUUGCAAAGACACAGGAAUCAGACAUUAUCAGAACAAACUUGACAGGUCUGUAACGAAUAAAGCAACUAGGCCGUGUGCCUAUCUGGCUGUUAUGUACUGCUCCUGGAGCAAGGAGUCAAACCGGGAGUGAAGGUUCCGACUUUCAUGAUGGAAGCCAUGCUCAAAUCUGAGAGUGGGAAGGGAUAUUCAGUUGUUGAGGCAGUCAGUACCUCAAAGUAGAUGUUAUCGGUCAGGACAGGGACGUUGUACUUCUGGCACAGUGGCUGUUGGUACCACACUGUGCAUCUUGUAUCUCCUGGCAAACAACAUCGUUUGAUGAAGCUCUGUAUGGACUUGCCGUUGGUUGUGAAUAGCAUGUCACAUGCUGACUGCAAUGGACACUCAAAUAAAAGCACAUGUACGUAU